AUGCCCGUCAACGUCCCCACCGCCGACUCCCUCGCCGACCUCUUCAGCCUCAAGGGCAAAGUGGUCGUUGUCACCGGCGCCUCAGGCCCACGCGGCAUGGGCAUUGAAGCAGCGCGCGGCUGCGCCGAGAUGGGCGCCGACGUCGCCGUCACAUACUCAUCGCGACCCGAAGGCGGCGAGAAGAACGCCAAAGAACUCGCCGAGAAAUACGGCGUCAAGGCCAAAGCCUACAAAUGCAACAUUGGCGCCUGGGAGGACGUCGAGAAGCUCGUUGCCGACGUGAUCGCAGACUUUGGCAAGAUCGACGGCUUCAUUGCCAACGCCGGCCGAACCGCCAACUCCGGCAUCCUCGAUGGCUCCGUCCAGGACUGGCAGGAAGUCAUCCAGACCGAUCUGACGGGCACAUUCCACUGCGCAAAGGCCGUGGGUAAACACUUCAAGGAGCGCGGCACCGGCAGCUUCGUCAUCACGUCGAGUAUGUCGGGCCAUAUUGCCAAUUACCCGCAGGAGCAGACCUCGUACAAUGUGGCCAAGGCCGGGUGUAUUCACAUGGCGCACUCGCUGGCGAACGAGUGGCGCGACUUUGCGCGCGUGAACUCGAUUUCGCCGGGUUACAUUGAUACAGGGCUGUCAGACUUUGUGCCGCAGGAGACGCAGGACUUGUGGAAUUCGAUGAUUCCGUUGGGCCGCAAUGGGAAUGCGAAGGAGCUAAAGGGCGCGUAUGUGUAUUUGAUCAGUGAUGCCAGCUCGUAUACGACGGGAGCGGAUAUUUAUCUUGUCAAUGCCACCUCUGUAAGGAGAAUCAGGAAUACUCCAUACUCCAUGAAUCUCGUUUCUGUUGGAAUAUCCAUGGAUCUAGUGGACUAUUUCUUGGCCAUGGACUCGGUGCAAAGCCUCGCCGUCAAGGCUCUCUGUAAGCUGCCUCUGCCCAUCCAGGCACUGCUCGCAUCGUCCACGACGCGCAAUCUCGUCGCCGUCGUCUUCGCAUACAUGCUCGUCACCCAGUUCAACCGUAUCCUGUCAGGCCUUGUCCUGAACAACUGGACCUCUGAUACAUACGACUGGACACGGGAAAUUGUCCUCCUGACAGGCGGAUGCAGCGGCAUCGGCAAAAGCGUUGCUCGCGACCUCGCCAGCAGGGGGAUCAAAGUGUGUGUUGCUGAUGUGCUAGACCCGACGGAUCCUUUGCCACCAAACGUCCACGUCUACAAAUGCGACGUCACAUCCACCGCCAGCGUCAAAGCCAUGGGCAUCCAAAUCCGACUGGAGCAUGGCGACCCAACAGUGCUCAUCAACAAUGCGGGCAUUGGCAAAGAAGGUUCCAUCCUGACUAAACCCGAGGCCCUCGUGCGCAAAGUGUUUGAGGUCAACACCAUCUCCCACUGGUGGAUGGUGCAGGAAUUCCUGCCGGCUAUGCUGAAGCGCAAUCACGGCCAUGUAGUGACGGUUGCGAGUGCAGGCAGCUUCUUGGGACUGGGCGAGAUGACUGAUUACAGUGGCAGUAAAGCCAGUGCGCUUGCCUUUCAUGAAGGGUUGACGCAGGAGAUCCGCCUGUGGUAUAAGGCGGAGAAAGUCAGGACUAGGUAA